UUCUCCAAGAUGGCGUUACACCUGUUUCAGUGUCGGGAACAGAACAGAAACUGUUAAAAAAAACAAAACAUUGCAGAUAGUUUUUUAGAAUAAUUAAGAGACUGAAAUCGGUGACAGGGUCCCCUUUAUCGGACAAAAAAUGUCGACAGAGGAGCUGUCCACUUCAGACAGUGAAACUGCCUUCGCUGGUGGGGAGCGCUGGGCGCCAGUGGGAGCUGUAGCCAGUCCCGAAGAUGAGGAGUCAAGAGACGGGCAGGGGGAUGCGCUCGAGCCGAAGCGUAAGGGCUCGAUGUCGUCAGUUAUGGAGAUGGCCACGAAGCUCCAAAAGCUAGAGGAAGAACAGGAGCUUCUGAACUCCUCGCUCUUGGCUCUUACGUCGCACUUUGCUCAGGUGCAGUUUCGCCUGAAACAGAUUGUUCACGCACAAAGCGACGAAAAGGAGAAUAUGCUGCUGGAGCUCGAAGAAUUCGCAUUUAAAGGAUGUCCUCACGUCCUCGGCUGCAGGGCCCAGGAUGCGCUUCAGUUAGAGAACUCGAGUGAAAGGGAGAAGAGGGAGCGUCUGGAGGCUCAGAGGGAGAAACAGAAGGAGCUCAUCGUCCAGCUCAAGACCCAGCUCGAUGACCUGGAGAGAUUUGCCUACCAGGAGGGGAGCUACGACUCCCUGCCCCAGUCCGUGGUCAUGGAGAGACAGAGGGUCAUCAUCGACGAGCUCAUCAAGAAGCUGGACGUGAACCUGAACGAGGACAUCGGGAACCUGUCCCCCGAAGAGCUGCGCCAGCGGGUGGACGCCGCCAUCGCCCAGAUAGUCAACCCCGCCCGCGUCAAAGAGCAGCUGGUGGAGCAGCUCAAGACCCAGAUCAGAGAUCUGGAGAUGUUCAUCAACUUCAUACAAGAUGAGGUGGGGAACCCUCUUCUGCCCAAUGGCGGGGCUUCACCGCAGCCAGGGGCAGCAAGUCCAAACUCGAGAGGCCCUGGUGGACCGAGGAAAGUGGAUCCGGAGCAGGCGCAGAAGAUGCGUGAGACGGGCCUGCAGCUGAUCCAGCGGGCGCUGGCGGUGCUGCAGAUCUUCGCCGUGAGCCAGUUCGGCUGCGCGGCGGGGCACGUCCCGCGGGGCGUGUGGUCUCAGGGCGAGGCCGCCCAGGACUACGGCCCCCUGCUGCAGCGCCUGGAGGUGGCCACGGAGAGGGUGCGCCAGCAGGCCCUCUGCAGGCAGCAGCCGGAACAGCACCUGGUCUGCCACAGCGGCGGGCCGCCCUGGGGCGCGCGCGACGAGCUGACCGCCACCGUCCGCAAAGAGCUGGCCAUGGCCCUGCGCGACCUGCUGGCCCACGGCCUCUACUCGCCCUCCCAGGGCAUGAGCCUGGUGCUGGCCCCCAUCGCCUGCCUCCUGCCCUUCAGCCCCGCGCCGCAGACCAUGCACCCCUGGGAGCUCUUCGUAAAGUACUUCCACUCCAAGAAUGGGCAGGCCUUCGCCGAGGCGCCGGCCCGCAAGCUCUCGCAGUCCUUCAGCCUGCCCGUAGGGGGCGGGCCGGUGACGGUCACGCCCAAGCAGUCUCUGCUGUGGGCGGUGCACUCGGUCCUGCGCGAGCACGACCCCUACAAGCGCGGGGCCGACUCGGAGUUCAAGGCGCUGGUGUGUCUGGCGCUGAACGAGCAGAGGCUGGUGUCCUGGCUCAACCUGCUGUGCAAGUCGGGCGCGCUAGUGCACUCGCACUACCAGCCCUGGAGCUACAUGGCGCAGACGGGCUUCGAGAGCGCGCUGCACGCCCUCAGCCGCCUCAGCCGCCUGCGCUUCAGCCUGCCCGUCGACCUGGCCGUGCGGCAGCUCAAGAACAUCAAGGACGCCUUCUGAGGCCAAGCUAUUCUUAGGAAAGACUCCUAGCAAAUUUGCUCAUUGUAGCAUCAAUCGAAGGGGUGUUGGUUAUCAAGAAGACAAAAUGUCUGCGUAACAUUCCAAAAAAAUGUUAUGUUAUUUUACUUGUAUCCUAAAACACAGAUUUUUGCUUGAAUUACACCUGAGCUGAUAACCAAAAUCAUUUGUGUAAUGAUUAUAGAAAACAGGGUUACUGUUGCGUAAUUUUCAAAGUGAUUGUACAGUUAUUCUGUAUUCUGUUUUCCGAUUUGACAGUUUGCUUUAAAUGUAUAUCACAUCCUGUCGUUCUAGAUUGCUGCAUUAUAGGUUAUGUUAAACAAUGUACUGUAUUCCGUUACAUGGUUAACAACGCUGUCACAUAUUUCAUGUGCUCAUUCACCACUGUGUUCCUAGGGUAGAUGGCUCAUAUUCAUAUGAGAUUUACCCUAUGCUGGUCAAGAAAAUGCAGUUUGGCUCCAAUGAACUUUCAAUGAGGUUUCUGCUGUAGCUCCAUAUUAGAAUUAGACUGGCUAAGUCUAAACAGUCUCCUGGUGGCCAGCAUUAAGGACUUAAUGCAAACUACCACCAGUGUUUCCACAGGCAUAAAACUGAGGCUGCAAGGCAAAAGCAUUUCACGACGCUCUGAUGAAUUGUUUACCAUUCUUUCAGGUCGUCGUUCGAGUACAGCUUGGAGGAUAGCCUUGGAUUCCACGUUUUCUGUCUUGGAUUACGUAGUACUGCCAACAUUUACUGUGGGCAUAUUGUGCAGUAUCUUUAAGGGAUUGUAUAAACUGAGGACCAAUUGAGAGAACAGCUGGCUAAUAUACGCUCAGGACAACAAAACACUACUAUCCAUGUUCACCCUUGCAAUGCUUCUGGGAUUAAAGCAGUCCAAACAGUUUACACAGGUUUCCCUGUUGCUGUGCACGAUACUGCAUUUCUCUCCAUGCUAUAUGAAAGAUUAUGGAUGCAUAUUCAAUAGGAAGAUACUCAGAAACAGUGAUUCUAACUGCUGCUUAUUGUUCCAAAAGUGCAUUUUAAAUGAAAAAUAUUUAUAUGCUUAUAUGUGUAUUAUAUUUGAUGUGAUUAUUGGAUGCGAAUAAUCCCAUUUUGAAUGAAGGUAAAAAGAUGAAAUUGUUUCAAAUCAAUCAUCAAUCACAUUGAAUAUGUAUAUGAAGAACCAAAGCUGAAUGUAACCAUUGUUAAAGGUUGUAAGAUAUAAUUGAGUCAAUAAGUGCUAAAUACUAUUAGGAUGUUGAUUAUUUAAAUCAUUUUUUUGGCAUAUGUCAGUAAUCUUAUUGAGAUUCUUUUGUUUGUGUUGAAAUCAUUUUGCAUACACUUUGUAACUCUGUGCAUGUUAUUUCUUAUAUGCUGAUGGAUUGUUUUCUUUCGUGUUUUCUUCAGUAUUUAACUCUCACUUUAUAUGGGGGCACAGCACAAAUGGGUAUAUUUGUAUAUGCACAGUAUCUUUGGUCUUAUGGAUUUGGAUUCAUGUUUUUGCUCAUUUGUGAGUAUGAACUUCGCUACUACUGUGGUCCGAAAGUGGUCAAAAGGUCAUUAAGCUGUCUGUCUUUUUCAUUUCAACAUGAAUUUUCCGCAUGGUGUCAUUAAAAUUGUGUAUCAAUGAUUCCUUUGUGGUUUCAUACAUGUAAAAUCUUACUGUCUUCCAAACUGGAAAUCUAAAAAAAUCUUUAAAAAAAACAAAACAUCCUUUUUAUGUUGAACAAGACUUAUUCCUCUUCUAUUUCCAUUGAAGAUAUCAUAGACCUUUGUUAUAAACACGCACGCACACACACACACACAGUAUCCAUGUUAUUAAUAUAUUAUGUUUAGUUUAUGACUCUACCUGCCAGAACAUGGCUUAUUCCUAUGUAAAUUCGUUUAAUAAAAAUGUCAAAAUCUA